CGAGAUGCGCGGCCUCCUGGUGAACAACGAGGAUGUGAUCCGCGCCAACGCUCAGCUGACCAAUGAGAUGAAGAGGAUGAGGGAGCAGAUGCUAGAGAUGGAGAGAGAGACCCAGUCGAUGGGGGAGAAGUACAGAGAGAUGGAGAUUGAGGUGCGGGAGGCGCGGGACAUGAUGGUGGAGGCCAACACUCAGGAGUACGCCUUCAACUUCCUCCAGCAGUCGCUCAAAAACAGGAUCCAGGACGCUGAGGAGAACCUGGAGAAGCAGACGCAGCACGCCAAGUCUCUGGCGGAGAAGUUGUGGUCGGCCGAGAGACAACUGGAGGAGCUGGAGGUGGACAAGGACUCGAAAGACAAGAGGACGUCUGAGCUCAACAGCAACCUCCUCAGACUGGAGACGGAGCUGAGCGAGGCCCUGCUGGUGUCGUCGCAGGCCUCAGCCGAGGUGAACCUGCACCAGAAGCUGCGUGACGACGCCCAUAUGAGGGUGGAGGAGCUGGAGGAGACUCUGCUGGAGAAGGACCAGGAGCUGCAGCGACUGGAGAACCUCGUCAGCCGUCUUCAGGGAGAGGUGUCUGGGAAGCUGAUCGAUAAGGAGCGAACCCUGGAGGAGGAGAUCCAGCUGAGGGAGCGGAUACAGCUGCAGUGUAAACAGGCGGAGAGGACGGUGGAGGACCUCCACAUGGAGCUGCAGGGGACAAACCAGACCAGAGACGAUCUGGCCAAACAACUCAAACAGGCUCAGGAGAAGAUGAUCGACAUGGAGAGCGAGCUGGAGGAGCUGCAAGACAGCGAGAAGAGAUGGGCGGCCAAACACAAGAGGGCCAUCGAACAGACGGAGCAGCUGCAGCUGAAAGUGAUUCAGGAGAAAGAUCUGAACGACCAACUGGAAACUGAUAAGGUCGUCAUGGAGAGACAGCUGCGUGAGCUGCGUCUGGAGGUGGACGAGCUGCAGAGCUCCAGGGUUCCGGACGACGUCGUCUCCAGAGCGGAGAGUCGAGCCAAAGAGCUGGAGAACUUGCUGAGGACGGAGGAGAGGAACAAAGCUGUUCUGACAAACACCAUCGGUAAACUGGAGAGAAGAAUCAACGAGCUGAGUGAUCAGAUGGAGGAGGAGCACAGGAUAGCUAACGAACAGAAAGACCUGAGAGGCGGACAGUUCAGAGGGGAAGAGAAGAAGAAGAAGAAGAAGAAGAAGAAGAGGGUUAAAGGUUAG